AUAGCUAUCUUUGCUCACAAGGCAAUGCGCCUCCAUGUAGCUACAGUUAACAGCUUUCCUUCAGCUUUGGACAGGGAGGAGCUCUGCUGGGACCUACUGGUGUCUAGCACUAGGGACAAUGAGGUGUUGUGGGAGAAGAUGUUGCUCAUUCAAAGUGAUGAUGACUUGAAAGCUUACUUGAUAGACUAUACUUGGAAGGCUGCCGGCCAACUCAGAGGGGAUUUUGUGGCCAAAACCCACAUCAGUGUCCCCAGUACCUAUGGAAUAGGAGAGCUAAAACAUGAGGAGUUGGAGAAAGCUAUCAGGUGGAUGUUGGAGGAGGCAAGAUUCAUACAUGGAGGAAUUGAUAUCAAG